AUGGAAUUGUUGGCAUCACUUAGCGUAUCUUCAGAUGCACCGGAAGGUGCGGAGCAUCCACGCUUAGCUGGUUACAAAAAUUUAGGAAAAUUUGAAGAAAAUCAAAGACAACGACGUUCUGAUGACAUGCAAAAACGAAACCAGAGUCGUGAUGAUUGGGUUAUGCGUGGAAGGAAUAUUGAAGAAGAUGAAAAUAUGGAGGAAUUGAAUCCAGAACAAGUUAAUCCGUUUGCUCCACGUCCACGUCGCAAAUGUCAUUUUAAGGACAUGCUUAUGUUUAGUGAUUGGCUUGUUGAUAUUCCCGAAACAAUGUCAAGUGAAUGGACUCUUAUGGCUGCUCCCAUCGGACGCCGUUGUUUGGUUGUUGGACAUAGAAAUAAAACUAAUAUUUUUUAUAAAAAUGCUUUAACGAUUUUGGAUUGUAUUUGUGAAAGUAAAAGAAUUACUAAAAAUUCAAAAUUUUAUGUUCUUGAUUACUCAGAUUUUACUGUGCGGCAAUUUUUUAUGCGCUCUAAAAUUGAGGAAUUAAAUAUUGAAAAUAAAAAUGCUAAUAAAGCCAAUCAAUUUAUUCCAUUACCAACUUGCCCUUGUUUGCCAGAAGCAAUGGCUGAAUUUAUGAAAACUGAAUUUCCUUAUGAACUUGAUGGAUUACUUUUCUAUUUUAAUUCGGAUUUUAUUCAAGAUUACAACAGAACUUUUGGUCAUUUAACUUCAACACAAAUAAAAGAAGAAAAGGAAAGGAAAAGGCAAGAAGAUGAGAAGAAAAGACAAAAAAAGGCUGAAGAAAAGAAAAAACAAAAGGAGGAAAAGAAGAAAAAAUGGGAAGAAGAGAGAAAUAAAAAUAAUUCUGAUAAAGUAUUAGAAGAAAAUAUGGAUUUGGAAGAAGAUAAUAAUGAAAUUAAAAUGGCUGAGAAUGCUAAAAUUGAUAAUGAUGACAUUUAA